ACGAGCUCUCAUCUCGCGUCUCCGUCAGCAGCACCGGGUCCGAAGGGUAAUUGGUGAGAGACAGAGCUAGGCGACUUGUUGCGCCCGUCCGUCCUCCAUCCUCCGACACAGUCGGCUAAAUGGGCUUGAUUGUGGUCGUGAGUAACCAACCAUCCACCACAAGAGAGGCCGUGUAUAACCGAGUCCAUGACUGAGUUGAGCGGGAAGAACGUCAGUGCCCAGUGGGGCAGUUCAGCGUGAGCAGUCGUCGAAAGAACUCGAGAGGACAGAACGGCUUCUAUCCGCUCCGAUCGCGGUAGCAGCUAGAAUAAUACAGCUGGCAGACAUCAGAUGUCGGAGAGACUGUCAAGUUCAUCCGCAUCACGUGCGUACGCCGGUGGCGUAAAUUGGCCAGUGAAAUAAUUAUAAGCGAGGAGCAGCUGAUCGGCUCUUUGUUGCCAUUUAAGACUGUGAGUGUCUGCGUAGAAGUGGGACUCGAGAACUUUCAUGGCAGCGGUGAUUCGCGUCCUCAUAUUCGCGCACUCGACACUGUACCAUGUAGUGGUCUAGAACCGUAGAGAGUGCGUCGACGUCCCGACGACGAGGAGGCGGUUGCGAAACUUUCCAGUUUCGCAGAGCGAACGAUACGAUAUAAUAUAAUAUAUGUACGUGUAAACCGAGGCUGGGAACUGGCACAUUUUUACGGCGAAUGUACCGCGCGAAGUGAAACCUUGAUGAGUAUAAUCGAGUGACGGAUAAGCGGUCAUUAUGUCGUCCGUAUUUUCUAAAUUGAUCGACAAGACUUCGGAACGAUAUGGAAUACGGCAGGAGAAGCUUACCAAAGGGGUCGUGGGCCUCGUGACAACCCUUUAUCUCCUGAAACUCGGAUACCCUUACCUGAAUCAGGUGGCAGCAGAGGCGAAAAAGAAGGCGACCAGCCUCUGUAGGGAUAUUUCGGACCAGCGACACACCGCCAGUAAUAAUAACAAUAACAACGUAAAGGAUGACGGUAAGGCGAAGAAUAAUGGUGCAACAUCGCCCGGUGACGAGGCGAGCUCGUCACCACCUGCGGGGAACAAAGGCAUUGGAGCUGGCUUGGACCGUGAAUUUUUGGCGCGGUUAAUGACACUGCUAAAAAUUAUGAUACCGGGCUGGCGAACCAAGGAGGCAGCAUUGCUGACGAGCGUUACGCUGGCUCUUUUGGCGAGGACGUUUCUUUCGGUUUACGUUGCGACCCUGGAAGGAAGCAUAGUAAAACGAAUCGUACUCCGGGACGGUUGGGGUUUCUUUUCGAUGCUGAUACGUUGGUUCGGCAUUGCUCUGCCUGCGACUUUCGUCAACUCGGCCAUCCGCUACUUCGAGGGGCGUCUGGCCCUGAGUUUCAGGGGACGGCUAGUCAAACAUGCGUACAAUAUGUACCUCAGUCAGCAGACCUACUACAGAGUCUCGGCCCUGGACUCGCGGCUUGGCGGAGCCGAGCAACGGCUCACCGACGACUUGUCCGAGUUGGCCAGCUCCGUAGCUCACCUCUAUACUAGUCUUACGAAACCUUUGCUGGACUGUGCACUUGUGGGCAUCGCUUUGGCCUCCUUCUCGGCUCGUAUGGGUUCCAGAGCAGUUCCAGGUCCGCUACUGGCAACGGCGGUGAUAGGCCUGACUGGUCAGGUUCUGCGGCUGGCGUCACCAAAGUUUGGUCAACUGGUCGCCGAGGAGGCGUCGCGACGCGGGCGUCUGCGACAGGCACAUGCCAGAGUCAGCGCUCAUGCCGAAGAAAUCGCUUUCUACGGUGGCCAGGAUGCUGAACUUCGGCAUCUCAACUCCGCCUACGACUCUCUGGUCGUUCAUGUUAAACGAGUUCUCAGGUUGAAACUCUGGUACGUUAUGCUGGAGCAGUUCCUCAUGAAGUACGUCUGGUCCGGAACGGGGCUCUUCGUCAUCGCUCUGCCAGUCUUAUUCCCCGUGAUAUCUGCUUCACGUGCAUCCAAUGACGACACUGGCGUGAGUGAGAGGACGCAGUACCUGACCACCUCAAAGUAUCUUCUAAGCUCCGGUGCCGAUGCUGUAGAGAGGCUCAUGUCGUCUUAUAAGGAAGCCGUGGCCCUGGCUGGUUACACGGCUCGAGUUGGCGAGAUGUUGGACGUCUUCAAGGACACGGCACUUUGUAAGUAUCAAAAGGGAAUAGUCGUCGGACAACACAGACCGAUCACAGGAAACGACGGUAUAGAAGUAACGCGACCAACCGAAAACAUCCUGCACUUUGAGGACGGAGUACCGCAAAUAAGAGGUAUUGUUCGCGAAAGCACAGACGGAAGUAUCGGACUGACGAAUGUCCCCAUCGUCACGCCCAACUGCGAAGUCAUCGUGCCAAGUCUGACAUUGCGGAUUCAGCCAGGCGAUCAUCUACUGAUCACUGGACCAAACGGAUGCGGCAAGAGUUCGCUGUUCAGGAUUGUUUCCGGUCUCUGGCCCGUUUACGGUGGGGAAUUGACCCGCCCUAAGGAGACCGGAGAGUUCACUUAUGCCGGGGUGAGACCGACGCUUUUCUACAUCCCUCAGCGGCCCUACAUGACCGUCGGGACCUUGAGGGACCAAAUAAUAUACCCGUCCGAUUCAACGAAGGGCAAAUACACCGACGAAGAGCUUCUCCACCUCCUGGAUCUCGUCGAUCUGCGAAGUCUCGCCGAUCGAGAGGCCGACGGGCUCAGUUCCAGGAACGACUGGGACUCGACGCUUUCUGGCGGAGAGAAACAGCGGCUUGCCAUGGCCAGAUUGUUCUUCCACGCACCGAGGUACGCCCUCCUGGACGAAUGCACUAGCGCCGUUAGCCUAGAGGCUGAGGGCACCAUCUACGAGGCCGCGAAACGCAUGGGGAUCACCCUGCUGACGGUCACCCACCGAGUCGCCUCUCUCUCCAAAUUCCACAAGCUUAUACUCCGCUUCGACGGCGAGGGUGGCUGGGAUCUUGGUCCUUUGAACCAGAACGACGUUCAGGUCAAGGUAGCGAAUCACGAGCAAGAUAAGGACAAGGAAGAACCUCACCAUCAUCACAGACUGCAGGAACUACAUGACAUGCUUGCCAAGGACCCAGUGGGCAUCAGCUAGAACUGCGUUUGACCCAAAACAGAUAUUUACACAGUAAAUAAAACAACUAGCAACUGUACGAAGAAACGAAUAAUUUUCUUUGAACCGGAAUGCAGUGCAAGCCCGUCGUAAACACUG